CCGCCUCUUUCUGGUCAUAGUGGGUGGUCGACACCAAAUAGUGAAUUCACAGAAUCUGACUAGAAAUAGAGAGAAAUAUGUCGUCUGGCGCACUAUUCCCUAGCUUGGUGUCUGGAUCCCGGGGCUCAUCGAGCAAGUACCUGGUUGAGUUCAGAGCUGGGAAAAUGACCCUGAAGGGCAGCACUGUGACCCCAGAUAAGCGCAAAGGACUUGUGUACAUCCAGCAGACAGAUGACUCCCUCAUUCACUUCUGUUGGAAGGACAGAUCCACUGGCAAUGUGGAGGAUGACUUGAUCAUUUUCCCUGAUGACUGUGAAUUCAAAAAGGUUAAUCAAUGCACCACUGGCCGUGUGUUUGUGCUUAAAUUUAAAGCUGGCUCCAAAAGGCUCUUCUUUUGGUUGCAGGAGCCUAAGACAGAUAAAGAUGAGGAAUACUGCAGGAAAGUGAAUGAAUACCUCAACAACCCACCAGUGCCUGGUGCCCUAGGGAGUGGAAGCGGUAGUAGUCAUGAGCUGUCUGCUCUUGGAGGAGAAGGUGGCCUUCAGAGUCUUCUUGGUAAUAUGAGUCACAACCAACUGUUGCAGCUAAUUGGACCAACUGGACUUGGUGGACUAGGGGGUCUGGGAGCUCUGGCAGGACCAGGCCUGGCCAGCCUGUUGGGAAGUGGAGUUCCAGCUACCAGCAGCUCGUCUUCUAGCUCUCGUAGUCAGUCCACUGCUGUCACUCCGUCAUCCAACUCAGCCACCAUACGGCUGGGCUCCUCCCAGGUUCCGACCACACCCACAACCCCAUCUGCAACAGUUGCAGCCUCACCCACAGCCACCACACCUGCAGGCCCUGCUGGCUCUGCUGGGGCCACCAGCCCAACCCAGCCCAUCCAGCUGAGUGACCUGCAGGGCAUCCUGGCAACAAUGAAUGUGCCUGCAACAGGGCAAGGAGUGGACCUCGCAAGUGUUUUAACCCCCGAGAUCAUGGCACCAAUUCUUGCUAACUCAGAAGUCCAGCAGAGGCUGCUGCCAUACCUCCCAUCCGGAGAAUCCCUCCCUCAAAGCACAGAAGAACUCCAAAACACUCUUACCUCACCACAGUUUCAGCAGGCCAUGAGUAUGUUCAGCAGUGCACUUGCAUCAGGGCAGUUGGGGCCUCUGAUGAAUCAGUUUGGAUUGCCCGAAGAAGCUGUAGAUGCGGCCAAUAAAGGAGAUGUGGAAGCAUUCGCAAAGGCCAUGGAAGGCGAAGGCAAGUCAGACCCAGAGGAAGACAAGAAAGAUGACGAGGAGGACAUGAGUUUGGAUUAGGAAACUCUCCAUUUGAGCUUCCUCCAUCAUCUUCUUUGUUACCCUAGAGCUUCCAUAAUGUCAUGUUGUCAAACUAACUUUCAUGUUUAAGGUGGUGUAAAUUUAUGUUAAAAUACUUCUGCCGCCCAGUUUAAUGUGUAGAGACAACUAUAAGUAAGCCAGUCAUAGGUUUAUUUCCCCAAAGAGUGUAAACACUGUGGCACUGUGUUUGUUUGAGUGGCUCGACAUGCCACAUUGGCUGAGCCAGACGUUGACUAGUUUUGGGCGGGAUUACCUAGGUUCAGGAAACUGUCAUUAUUAUUGCAAUUAUGUUUGGUGCUGCUAGUGGCACACCUUUAAUUAGUUUUCUUUGUAUGCUGUGGAAGCCUUCUCCAAAUAAAGAGACUUGAAUCGACAUGUAAAUCA